AUGGCGAGCUCCUGGGAUAGGCUGUAUACAGAGGCUAUACCUUUCCCCCCUCGAUAUCUGCCGGACAUGUUGCAGGACUGGAGGAAGGCAGCCCUUUUGGGCCAGAUCCCAGAAGGCGUAUGUGACAGGCCAACCAAUGCUUGA